UGUUUUUGUAAUACCAAAGACUUGGAAAGAAAAAGACAGGUAUCUCCAAGAUAACGUGACAAAACUAUGCAUGUCUUUGAGAAGUUAUUUAAUAUUUGCGUGGAAAAAUGGAGAUUGAGACCGCCAAGGACUCGGGUCUUGUUUACAAAAUCGCGUUAAGCAAAAAGAAACUUAUGCCCAAAGCCCACCACCCUUUAUCUCUGGUCACUGUAUACGUCUUUUGGUAGUUUUGUAAACUAAAGCAAAGCAUCUCCGCUGUCGCACACCGCCUUAUUCUCUUGCUUUCCCUUUUUGGAAUAUCUGCCAAGGCAUAGACAUUAACGUGGUCGGAUAGGAUCCUCAAAAGAUAGUUGGCACCCAGUCAUGUCUUCUGAUACAACAACCCCAAGUUACUGGCUGAACUGGAGGCUCUUGCUUUGUUCCCUAUGGCUCCUAGUUUCGACUGUUUUUGCAUUCAUUCUGAUAUGGAAAAACGAAGGUUUCCCCAAACGCCCUAGUGGAGAAACCCAGCAAGAAGAAGCAGGAACUUUAUAUGAGGAUGAAACUUGGAGGCCAUGUUUGAAAGGGAUCCACCCUGCUUGGCUGCUGGCAUUCAGAGUUGGUGCUUUCUUUGUGCUCUUAGUAUUGCUUAUUAUCACUGCUUUGGCAGAUGGAGGAGGCAUAUUUUACUUCUAUACUCAGUGGACUUUUACGUUAAUCACCAUUUACUUUGGGCUCGGAUCGCUGCUCUCCAUGCAUGGUUGUUACCAACACCAUAAGAAAGCUAGCGGUGACAGGGUUGAUAAUGUAGAGGUAGAUACAGAGCUAGGUACUUGUGAUGCUACUCCGCAUGGAGAAAGUUCUAAAAUGUCCAACCCAUCCAAAAGCUCAGGCCAUCAUGAACAAGGCAAUCUACGCAAACCUGCAGGCAUCUGGGGUUAUGUCUUUCAAAUCAUUUUCCAGAUGAAUGCAGGUGCUGUCAUGCUCACAGAUAGCGUUUUUUGGUUCAUUAUUGUUCCAUUUCUUUUGAUCAGAGAUUACGAGCUAAACUUUUUGGUUAUAAGUAUGCACACAAUCAAUGCUGUUUUCCUGCUUGGUGAUACAGCUCUGAAUUGCUUGCGGUUUCCUUGGUUUCGAAUGGGAUAUUUCUGCCUAUGGACAGUUGUUUAUGUCAUUUUCCAGUGGAUAGUUCACGCUUGUGUUAAACUUUGGUGGCCAUAUCCAUUUCUUGACUUGUCAUCUCCCUAUGCUCCACUCUGGUACUUCUCGGUGGCACUAAUGCAUAUCCCAUGCUAUGGCAUCUUUGCUCUGAUUAUGAAGCUGAAACACUUUGUGCUGUCAACGAAGUUCCCCCAGUCCUAUCAGUGCAUGAGAUGACUUGGAAAAAGAGACUUUAUGAAGCAAAAACAAGCUUUAAAUUCUCUACAAAAUCGUAAAAUUUCUUCAUAGAAGACAAAAACAUAUCAGAGACAACAUUGGGCAAUCAUUGAUUAAUGCCUUAAAACUAAUUCUUCAGUAUAGAUAGAUACACAAAUGGUCAAACAAGGUAGUAUUAGUUUGUUCAUGUAUUCAUUCCAAGAGGAGUGGUAUAGAUGUAAGAACAGAUAGCUAUUGAAAGAAAUUCAUUGAGGAAUACUUUUCUCCUCAAACUCUCCUUUUA